AAAUAUCCAGUGUGACCGCUGUUCGGAAAAUGUAAACUAACACCUGCUCUGUAAACACGCUGUUAGGCCAGCUGACGCUGUAAGCCUGACAGCCACAGGGUGAAUCCUGUCACAAUACAUUUUGCGAACAAAUUUUUGUGGAAAAAAAUGGCCAGCAAGCAAUUGGUAAACAAUUUGGCCAAACUCGGCCUUCCGCGACAGAAUUGGAUGUCACCCCUGGCCACCGUUCGCCAUUCCAGCUGCCGCGGUGACAUCGAGAAGGUCACACACACCGGACAAGUGUUCGAUAAGGAUGACUACCGCAAUGCCCGGUUCGUAAACGCCAAGCGGUAUGUGAACGAGAACUGGGGCAUCAAGCUCAUCGAAGAAGUGCCACCCAAGGAGUGCACCGAACGAGUUGUCUUCUGCGACGGCGGCGAUGGUCCUUUGGGCCAUCCCAAGGUGUACAUCAACCUGGACAAACCCGGAAAUCACAUCUGCGGCUACUGCGGUCUGCGUUUCGUCAAGAAAGAUGACCAUCAUCAUUGAGGAAUCCAUAAUGGCCAAUAGAUUUUAGCUGAAACACCUUUCUAUCCUGUUGCGCUAGCUUGAACUCAACUGAACUAAAUAAAAUUAGAACACCAAAAAGCUAA